AUGUCUGGCAUGGAGCAAGCAUCUGCGAGCUCUAAUCCUCCAUCCGAACCGCGGAGUAGAACCGCGGAGAAGAGAAACGCUUCCAAGCACGCGGCGCCUAGCCUAUCGAGAAAGCCCCAAUCUUUUGGAGGACGCGAUGGGCUCGGGGCCUACAUCACGAACCCAGAGAUUUAUCCUUCUAAUGUCGUGAUCUCUCAUAACGCAGAUUUCGUUGCUAUACAUGACAUGUUUCCAAAAUCCUCGCUCCAUUUGCUCCUCCUCCCUCGCGACCAGACCAAAACCCACCUCCACCCUUUCGAAGCCUUCGAAGACCCCGAAUUCCUUGCCAAAGUGAAGUUUGAGGCCCAAAAGCUUCGUUCUUACGCAGCUGCCGAGCUACGCCGCAAAUAUGGGAAAUACUCUGUCCAAGAACAGGAAAGGCAAAGCGCUCUCAACAUUGACCCCCCCGCCAGAUGA